GCUGAUUUUUUAUAUUUUGGGAUUUUUAGCUCAUCAGCCUCAGCCACACAAGCUAUAUAUCAAUUAUCACUAAUGGCACUUACCCUCAAAUUCCUUCCUUUAUCAUCAGCAUCCUCUCCUCCUGCUUUCAUUCUCCAUAAUUCACCAAACUACAAGUCGUCGAGCAAUCUUCUUCCUUCCCCUAAGCCUCCAUCACAGCAACUCAUCACUCCAACUAGAAGUCGCUUUCGCAUCUCAUACAGAUACAACUACACCGCGCAUGAUGAAGAAGGAGAUGAAGAAUCAUGCAGCUUCGACGAAGCAGUUGAUCUUUUCAACAGGAGAGAAUACUAUAAGUGCCAUGACUCUCUUGAAGCUCUCUGGAUCAAAGCUGAAGAUCCCACCAGAACUAUUGUUCAUGGGAUUCUUCAAUGUGCUGUUGGAUUUCAUCAUCUCUUUAACCAGAAUCAUAAAGGGGCAAUGAUGGAGCUGGGAGAGGGACUGUGUAAGCUUAGAAAGAUGAAUUUUCAGAGCGGACCUUUUCAUCAGUUUGAGCAGGACAUUUCUGCUGUUCUCCAAUUUAUUUAUCAAACCCAGAUUGAACUUGCAGCCUGCACGGAUGAUCUAUGUCUGGCCAUGGAUCAAUCAGAGAGAUCAUACCAGCUUCUUGGAGGAUAUGGUGCUGGGCAGGUGUUAUAUAAUCUAGAAAAUGAUCCUGUGGAUGGGAGCAUGUGGAUUGUAUUCUGUCCCGACAAAUCUUAUGCUUCCGCUGACUCUCCCAGAGUAAAGCUUCCCAUCCUUGAGGCUACUCAACAACAUCUUGUGGCGCAUCACCUCUGGUAGCUCCAUGUCAUUGUUUUGGAGAUGACUCUAACGUCUAAGCUGGGUUCAUACAACCGCCCGUCAGAUCAGAGCCCAGUAUCUGAAGAGCUAAUUUGGAGACGCUUGAUAUCCAAGUCUUCAUGAAGAAACUACCAGGGAUCUUUCUUGAGAGUCCGAGAGAGAUGAUAACAAUUGCGAAUGUAAGGACUCCUUCAGUGAGUGCACCACGAUGGAUGUCCACGUUUAGUCGCGGCCCAAAUCCUAUUUCAGGAAAGGUUUCAAGAAUGUACCUAACUCCAGAGAUAGAUCCAAUUACCUGGGAAAAGUAUAAAAGACAACGGACAGAUGAUUUGCCAAAUAAGUUGCCUUUGUGUAACAGUUCAGACUUGCUCAUAUCCGCUUAUUGUAUCUACUAAAAUGAUAUGAUCAAUUAUUUCCAGAACCUUUUUUUUUUUUAAAAAAAAAAAAAAAGCAAAAGUUGAACUGCCUCACAACAAUCAAAUUCUUUCCAAGAAAAAUAUUGCAAAAAUGAUUAGCUCAUUCGCCAUAAACCUGAGAGCUCCAAUCAAUUUCUCUCUAAAUUGUAACAGUAUCAUUUCUGGUGCAUUUGUUUUGAAGUUGAAGAAUUGGAAGCUAAAAGCUACGGAAGCAACAUAUAAGGGUGCUAAACUUAAGAAGCAAAAAAUGACACAGAAGUUACGAGUAAGAACUAUGUUUCAUACAGGAUUAGAAAAGAAAAGGUUAAUACUAUUUAUUUAUUAUAUUAUUUUAAUUUAAAUAGUCACAACAACAUAACAACUACAAUUACUCUUCAAUUCCGAAUUAGUUGGGGUCAGUAGUGACAAAUGCUUAUUGUAAAGAGUAGAAUAAUAUUAUCAAAAAAUUAUAGAGCUUUUGAUUCAAAUUUAAUGGGUUUAUAUAGCUUUCAGAAGAUUAUAAAUAGGAAUAUAUGCCCGCUAAGAGUAUAGAUUCUAUGCUAAUUAAGAAUGUUACAAAUUAUUGCAGAAAUUUAAUUAGGAGGAAAUCAAGGCUAGAAUCUCGACACCCCUCUCAAGCUGGAGCGUAUAGGUCAUAUAUGCUCCAAGCUUGCUAGAAAUGUACCCAAUUUAGAACUCCUAAGGGAUUUAGUGAUGAUGUUUACUAACUGAUCAUUGGAAUUAUUGAAACUGGUGGCAACACAUUAUAUGUUUUGUUCUUUCAUGAAAGAUUGAAUUAGAGGCAAUAAGAAGAGCAACUUGAUUGUCACAUAACAACUUCGUUUGCUUACUUUUCCCAUACUUCAACUCUUGAAGAAGUUGUCUAUUCCAUAUAAGUUCCCACGAUGCUGAGGCCAUAGCUUCUGCACUAGACUUGGCAACCACAUCUUGCGUUUUACUCUUUCAAAAUAUUAAAUUCCUCCCAUACAUGACACAAUAUCCUAAAAUAGAACAUCUAUCUGAUGAGAGCUUUCUGAGCCUAUAUUUGAAUAUCCAACAAUUUGUGAAUGACACUUCUCUUUACACAACAAGCCUUAUCUAGGGGUUUUUUUUUAUAUACUUAGAAAUGUGAAUAAUUACAUCCUAGUGACUACUACACGGCACUUGCAAAAAUUGACUAAACUACACUAACAGCAAAGGAAAUGUUUAGUUGAGUGAUUGUGAGUAUCUAUCGGGAUCUUUCAAUGGCUUCCUCUAUCUAAAAACAAAUUUAACAUUUAGAUCCAUAGAAGCAUCCACAUGUCAACAAUCUAUCAUGCUAAUCUCUUUUAGUAUAUUUAAAGAAAAUAUUGAAUGAUCAACUUCACUUUGAAACACUCUAAAUUAUUGGACCACAUCACUAAAUCUCUUCAACCAUGUUCUUGGAUACUGCUUUAAGCCAUAUAAUGAUCAUCAUAAGUGCAUACCAAGCUAGACUUCCAAGCAACCGAUCCUAGUGAUCACUCUAUAUAGAUAUUUUGCCAUCUAGAUCCACCUUGAUUGUGUAAAACCCAACGACAUCUAAUAGUAGAUUUGCCCAAUAAGAAGACCACCAAAUCCUAAAAGCAAUUUAUUUACGAUACUUAAAUGACAUUCAUAAAAAGUAUCCAAUGAAUUAUGAGUUCAACACACCCUGUUUAGCAAAAAGAUGUAUAUUCCUUGCUUAUUAUUAGACAAUUGCUUAUUCACAAACCUCACAUGGGGUGAAUAGUUUCCAUUUCCCAUUUCAUGGAAAACCCUUUUCGCUCUGCUAAAAAAGCAUUAGUGGUGGUAGCGAGAGUGGGAAGAUGAUGAAAGUAGACAUGGAGCGGUUGGACAGUGGUAGGAGAUUGGCUAAUUUGAGGUGGAGGAAGAGUAGGAACUAACAAGACUUAAUAAACUUAUGAUGUGUUAAGUUGGAUGAAAAGUAAGGAGAUGUUUCAAAGGUUGCAUCGGCGGAUACAAAAUAUUUGUUGGCAGUAGAGUCAUUAUCAUUUUUAACCUUUUCUAUGGCAAGAAAAUUUUAAAAAUACACAUUUGAUUGAUAUAGGCUAAGUUUGUCUUAUUCAGGAGGAUGAUCAUGAAUAAAGCAAGUACACGCAAACACACAUAAGGGCAACUAAUGUGAAUCCUGAAUGAAAAAUAAAAUAGAACGAGGAUUUUGAUGCUACAAAAUAAAAGAGGGUAAGUGAUUGAUCAAGUAGCAUGUAGUGAGAACAAAAUCCCCAUAAAGGAGGAGGAACAUUUUAAUAUAUAAAAUAAGGUCUAGAAAGUCUCAAUUAAAUGCUGAUUUUUUUUCAACUCCAUUUUGUUGUGGACAUGUUGUACAAGAAUUCUAGCAAGUAAUACCUUGAGAAGAAAAUAAAAAAGGAGCAAAGAGAAAGCGAGAGUCCCUUGCAUUGUCAAUACAUAAAACUUUAACCGAAAUAUCAAACACUACAAGUAACAUGGCUUUUAACAACGAAAUAUUAACGAUGAAAUUAAACAUCUUUCGUUAAUUAUAUAAUUAACGACCAACUAUAAAACUUAUCGUAAUUAUAUAAAUUUAUAACGUAUAAUGUUUAUCGUUAAAAAUUAAAAUAGCCAUCGUUAAACCUAGUUUGGAUCUUUUGUGUUUUGAAAAUAACAAUAACACUAUUAUUAUUAAGAAAAAUAUACAUUUUUUUAUUUUAUAGAGUUUUUUUCUUCAAAUUUCCUUUCCCCUCCCACAGGAGGUAGUCUCCUAAAGGUAACCUUCAUAAGACUUAAUCCCAAUCCUCUCCUUAACCAGAACAGAAUUUUGGGGAUUCUUCAUCUAUCAUCUAUCUCUCCAUUUUACUGAGUUUUAUUUUGUACAGAGAUUAGGAGUGACUAAACUAGAAUUUUGUGGCCACAUUAUAAAGAAGAAAUUGCUCUUCCACUUACUCCUGCUUCCUGUAAUUUUGAGAGGAGAUUGGAGCUGCUUCUUGCGAUUUUAGGAGGAGAUUGGGACCUGCUUGCUGAGCGUUUGGGAGGGGAGGUUGACAUGCUUGCUGCGCGUUUGGGAGCAGAGGUGCUGUUGGGAUUUGGUUGCUGCGAAACUGUGAGGAUACCUGCUUGGGACCUGCUAGCUUGCUACGAAAAUCGAGUCCACUGCUGAGAUUAAAAUUGCUAGACUGCCGAGAUUGGAGGAUUGUUAAGAUUGGAAGGCCCAUUGCUGAGGUAGUGUUCUCCUCAAGGUUACCCAUUGUUGCUUAGGUAUGCUUUUGUUUGCUUCAUUUAUGAAGGUUAAUGUCCUUGCAAAUAACUGCAUGAAAAUAACUGUAUGUCUUUUGACGAGAAUCAUUAACUAGUGUAUUUCAAUUUUGGUGCUCAAGUUUCUGCAUAUAUAUCCUUUGACCAUUUUUUUAUUCUGUAUAUGAUGCCUGAACAUUUGCAUUGCAUAUAGGACAGUUUUCAAUGAGGCAUACUAUUUCUGUUGCAGAUUGGCAAAACAAAAGUGCUCCUUUUAGGUUUGGAAUAACUGGUGCAAUGACUAGGGUUGGCAGUUCACCCUCAAACUACACUCUCAUGGUCUUAAUUCUACAUUCUCCCUUCUCUCCACAUUCCUAUCAUUAUUUCUUGUGGCUUGGAUCUGCCUUGGAUCUGAUGCUCUUAUGUAUACAUACAAUCCACUUAUUUGUAACAUUGAUUCUAUAUUCUCUGCAUUCUUUGAUAUUCAUUCCUUCACCUCCUUUGAUUGCAGUAUGCUGGUGCAGCUUAGGACAAACUAAAAGACGUAAGUAUGUUUAAUUUGAGUUCCAUGUUUAAUUUGAGUUCCUAUUUUAUUGUUUGAGUUGUUUUUAUUUAAGCUGGGAAUGAUAUUGUAGCAUUACUGGCUUUUGCCUUUAUAUCAAUGAUAACACAUCCUUAUAUUUUAAUUU